UCCGCCACACGUCGGUCCGAGUGCUAUUAACAGUUAUUUCCCAUGUCUGAAAGCACCUCAGCGCGUGGGAACUCCGAGCUUGUGGAGGUAUUCUACCCUGGAAGGGUGUCUUCAGCCAUGCGGCGCUAUGUGGACGGAGUGGGGGCACGAAUUCGGUUCAUUCCCACGCUCUAUCGGAAUGUAUACCACUGAAACACCGAUCAUUCUCUAUAGUCACCUUAGUGACCUCCCUUCGGGUUGGACUUCGGAAAUAUUGACAGUCGGAAAGAAGUCACCCUCAAGAAAAAUACUAAAGUUUGACAACAAUUUUCGUGAUCAAAGUGCAGUUUUCUUUAAGAUUUUGUUUACUUUUUGGGAUUUGUUUAUAUUUUUUUCUGAAACGAAAGGAAGGACGUACAAAUUUGAAGCAGCGUAACAAUAUGCCCAUAAGUGAAGACGAGUACGACAUCCGACCUUCACAAGAAUCAGUCACAAUGUCGAAAGCUGAAUUACGAAAAACUCACAAACCUAUAAUGGAAAAAAGAAGAAGAGCUAGGAUCAAUCACUGUUUGAAUGAGAUAAAAACACUUAUUUUGGAAGCAAUGAAUAAAGACCCGGCAAGACAUUCAAAGUUAGAAAAAGCGGAUAUAUUAGAAAUGGCCGUGAAGCACCUACAAAACGUCCAACGCCAACAACUCGCCAUAGCCAUGGCAUCAGAUCCCUCCGUUUUACGCAAAUUCAAAUCAGGUUUCAACGAAUGUGCUAACGAAAUCGACCGAUUUGUGGCCCAAGCAGACGGAGUCGACGACGGUCUUAAAGACAGAAUGCGAUCACACUUAACAAAAUGCAUCAACGGAAUCGAACAAUUCGCGCAUUUUAACUUCCCUGGCUUUCCAAAUCUGCCUUUCGCUUCUUCCUCAAACGUUUUCACGCAAAAUCCCAGCAAUGAACCUUCUUCAAGUAUCGGUGACCAAAACAACAACGCAAGAAUCCAGAUACCUCAGAGCAUCCAAUUGAUACCAAGCAGACUACCAAGUGGGGAAAUCGCGUUACUUUUGCCCAAUUCUAGUAACUUACCAUUUUUGCAACAAAGAGAACGACCAAGUGCUUUCGUAACUGUAAUACCAUCAUCAUCGGCAACUUCUGUUAGCCCUCCUGCUAGCCCAAAUCGAGGCUUCCGUCCGGUUCAACCAUCCACUUACCACGAGCAGCCUCAAGUGCCUCAAGUGUCUUCGACUUCGAUUCCUCCACUGCAAACCAUGGAAGUGAAGACUAUGAAAUUUCCGAUUCACAGUUAUCCCGACCGAGAGAAGAGGAUUAUCAGUCCGAAAAAAACCGUCGAGCCCUUGUGCAUCAUUACUAAUCAGUCUGAGCGUUUCAAACAAGCGCAAACGCGAGAAGAUGCUGUCGAUUUUGAAGAAAACCGCAGUCAGGGGAUUAAGAGAAAGUAUGCGGAAAUGUCUCAAGGUUUGCUGACUGUGGCCGAAUAUCCGGCUACGAAGAUUAUUAAAACGGAGACGGCAACUAGUACAACCAGAGAAAGUAGCAGUGAAGCUACUGCGUCCACUUCCAGGGACACGGGGGAUGGGAAUAGUGAUAUGUGGAGACCGUGGUAGCAAGGGUUUCUCUGUGAUUUAAUUCAAAGCUUUAAUGUGAUGAAUGGACGAAUUUGGGAGGACAAUUAUUAUCCUAAGUGUGGUUUUAGAUAUAGCGUUUGACUGAAUUUAUUGAGAUUUUACAUGUUAAGUUUUUCUCGAUUUUUAUGUAAGGUUUAAUUUUUUCUGAUAAAUGCUUAGAAAACAC